UCCACACACUCACCAUCUUCCCUAACUCCAACACUACCUAUUUCCCAUUUCAUUUUAAUUAAUUAAAUAAUUCCCUUCCCACUGCAGUCUGCACCCACCCCCCCCCCCCACGUGUGAUCCAUCCCCCCAAUUGCAUCAACACCUUCGCCUGUCCCUUCAUUGGACUCUUGUGCCACAAAAUGUCUCUCUCUUUAAUCUCUCUUCUUCUUUUUUUAUUCAUAUGCAUGCCCAGCCCACCUAGCUAUUUCAUUCACUGCAAUACAAGACAAACUUGAGUGAUGAAUAAGAGAGAAGUUUUCUUCAUUUUUGUAUUGUUUUAAUUAAUCUCUCUAAGUUGUAUUGAGUUGCUUGCUUUGUGAGAAGAAUGUUCGAUGGGAGUGAGCAAUUCAUUGCUUCGUCAAGAGCUUCUUCUUCUUUUCAUGGAAAUCCUUCCUUCGACCCCUACGCGCCGCCUUUGCACUUGCACAACAACCAUAGAUCCGCCGAUCCGUGGUCCAACGACGAGCUUCUCGCCCUCCUCAAGCUCAGAUCCACCACCGAGAUUUGGUUCUCCGACUUCACCUGGGAGCACGUUUCAAGGAAGUUGGGGGAGCUGGGGUACAAGAGGAGUGCAGUGGAUUGCAAGGAUAAGUUGGAAGAAGUAAGCCGACAAUUCAGCAGCAGCAGCAACAAAAACUACAACGACCUCGACGAAAUGUACCAAGAAGCUCAUCACAUCCAAGAAAUGGAGGAUCAGGAUCCGACGGCCAAGAAGCCCCAAGACGUCAUAAUCAAUCCAACCAUGAAAAGGAAGAGAAGAGACAAGCUGGACAAAUUCAAGGGGUUUUGCGAGGCCGUGGUGAGCAAAAUGAUGUCCAAACAGGAAGAGCUCCACCGAAAACUCAUCGACGACAUCGUGACCCGAGACGAGGAGCGGAUCGCCCGAGAGGACGCGUGGCGGAUCCAGGAAACGAAACGGAUCCAAACCGAGAUCGAAACCCGAGCCAAGGAGCAGAAAUCCGCCGCCGAGAGACAAGCAGUAAUCAUCCAAUUCCUCAAGCAAUUCACCACCACUCCCGAAGAAAAUCAGACAGGAAAAUUCGACACGAACACGAACACGAGUUCCAAAACGAACUCGAACUCGUCUAGCUCGUUGUGCAAGGGCACGCCGCCGCAGACGCCGGUGGUGGCGGGGAGGAGGUGGCCGAGGGAGGAGGUGGUGGCGCUGAUAAACCUGAGGUGCGAGACGGGAGGAGGAGGAGAGGGGAGUAACAAGGGGCCGCUGUGGGAGAGAAUAUCGCAGGGGAUGAGGGAGAUGGGAUACAAGAGGAGUGCGAAGAGGUGUAAGGAGAAAUGGGAGAAUAUAAAUAAGUAUUUUAGGAAGACCAAGGAUAGCAGCAAGAAGAGGUCUGUGAAUUCGAGGACUUGUCCGUAUUUUCAUCAGCUCAGCUGUUUGUACGGCGACGGCACCAUUGUUGCCCCUAACGCCGCCGGAGAUUAAUCAGUAGUUGUGUGAGGGAAUGGAACAACUGGUUUUUUAUUUGGGCUGCUUUUUCCGGUGAAUAAAUUUUGUACUCUAGUGCUCUAAGUUUUUUAUUUUUUUUUUAUUUCGUUACUAUGAACUAUAUAUAUGUAUGUAUUAUUGGCUGUUUAGUAGUACUAGUAAUUUGUAGCUA